CCUCUCUUCCUCUAGAGGGUGGGAGGCAGGAGUGGUGUAAAGGGUGGGCGCCUGACUGAAACCCUGCUCAGUUUUCAGCAGAGUGAGUGCUCUGGAGGCUGGAAUGUAAAGUAUGUUCUUUUUCUCAGCUUCCUGAUCUUGCAUGGAAUGCAAUUCUUGCAGACUGCAGUGUAUCUAGAGAGAAAGAAUCUUCAUGCUUUCCCUGUUGGGGGUAUGCUUUAUCAACAUGGAGUGAAGGGUUCUGCUGAUUGCAACAUCGUACAUACAUCAUACAUAUCUCGUAUUGUAUGAUGCACCAUCUUUCAGGGGACCAAACUUAGUGUAGCCAGGAUCUGAUAUUAGUCUGCAGAAAAGGACUGAGUUCUUUGCUCGGACAUCACUGACCUCUUUUGCAUUUCUACUGUUGUUCUGUUCUGGUUUGACUGAGAAGCUUUAUUGGUUUAAGUGGAUGAGUUACUUGAAGAAUGAGAUUUUUAAAUUCAUCUCUUGGAAAAUGGAGCAUGUGUAGAUUCAGUAUGCAGAUCUGACACAGAAUUAAUCUCUGGUGCUGAUCCUAUCCACUGGCUUCUGUGGGCCAUACCAGUGGGAUACAGGAAAGAAAGAAUCUGGUUUGUUAGAACUGUAACAGAAUGGCAGAUAAUGUGUAAGAAGCAGCACUUGGGCAGGAUUCUGUCUGUCCUGAAUUAGCACUUCUGAGAACUAAUCGAAACUCCCAGAAGGAAAGUGACUCACUGAAAUUUCAGUGCUUCUGUUCUCUCCGGUUGUCUUUCUGCACUCCCCUUCACAGUGGUAUUUGGUGCUAUGGCUGGCAUGAGACUUCGGGGGCUGGCGUCCUCUAAGCUUUACCAACGCCGGCAGGAUCGGCUGAGUGGCACAGGGUCACUGCUGAAAGAUGAGACACGGGCAGCAGCUGGGAUACCUGGUAAUAUGUCUGAUGCCCUCGCAAAUGCAGUGUGUGAGCGCUGCCAGGCUCGCUUUGAUCCCUCUGAGAGGAUCGUGAACAGCAAUGGGGAGCUCUAUCAUGAGAACUGCUUUGUCUGUGCUCAGUGUUUCCGACAGUUCCCAGAUGGACUCUUCUAUGAGUUUGAGGGUCGAAAGUAUUGUGAGCAUGAUUUCCAGAUGCUGUUUGCACCCUGCUGUGGGCAAUGUGGUGAGUUCAUUAUUGGACGUGUGAUCAAGGCAAUGAAUAAUAAUUGGCACCCAGAAUGCUUCCGUUGUGAGCUCUGUGAUGUGGCACUUGCUGACCUAGGCUUCGUAAAAAAUGCUGGCAGGCACCUGUGCAGGCCUUGCCAUAACCGGGAGAAAGCCAAGGGGCUAGGCAAGUAUAUCUGUCAGAAGUGCCACCUGAUAAUCGAUGAGCAGCCUCUGAUGUUCAGGAAUGACUCCUACCAUCCAGAUCACUUCAACUGCACCCACUGUGGGAAGGAGCUGACUGCUGAGGCCAGGGAGCUGAAAGGGGAACUCUAUUGCCUGCCCUGCCACGACAAGAUGGGUAUCCCAAUCUGUGGAGCCUGUCGCAGGCCUAUCGAAGGACGAGUGGUCAAUGCUCUCGGGAAGCAAUGGCAUGUUGAGCAUUUUGUUUGUGCCAAAUGUGAGAAGCCAUUUCUGGGGCAUCGCCACUAUGAGAAAAAAGGACUGGCUUACUGCGAGACUCACUACAACCAGCUCUUCGGAGAUGUCUGCUACAACUGCAGCCACGUGAUUGAGGGGGACGUGGUAUCAGCUCUCAACAAGGCUUGGUGUGUGAACUGCUUCUCCUGCUCCACCUGCAACAUCAAACUCACACUGAAGAACAAGUUUGUGGAGUUUGACAUGAAGCCUGUGUGCAAGAAAUGCUAUGAGAAAUUCCCUCUGGAGCUGAAGAAACGUCUGAAAAAGCUGUCUGAGCUGGCCUCCAAGAAAUUGCAUCCCAAAGCUGUGGAUUUAAACUCUGCUUAAACAGGUCUGUCAUUCUGCUGACUGCACUCUUAUCCUCACAGACUGCAACUUGCAGCAGCUACUGAUCACAAAGGGAGCUGUUAAGAAUGUCUGAAACAAACCACAGACAAAUAGUACCUCCUCCAGCUUUCGUUACUGCAGCUUUCACCCUGAAUGUCGCUUUACUCAGGCAGUUGCAAAUUAACACUGACUGCAUGGGGAGUUUGGCUUCUGCUGAGGGGGUAAGGCAGAGCAAUGGGUAUGGUAGUUAACUGGCAUUAUUCUACCAUUGAUCAGAUGUACACCAUUGUUUUUCUGUCCUUCAUCGUUUCUACAUGGAGCUGAAGUUCUCUCUUCUGUAGCCUGAGGAAUUUGGAAAGAACAGUGGUUUAAAUAUCAGAUGGUGAAACGUGCAGAUUGUUCAACACCAGUUAUAAGUAUCAAGGAUUCCUUAAAUGCCUUGUACGCAGAGCUUUUCACCUACAGGACAUUGUUCUGAAUGUGGCCCAAAAUUACCACCAUCUGAUAAGUGUUUGGUAUGUCCAAAAUGAGCUGGUCUGUGUCUAGAUUCCCAGUGAACAAAUAUCCACAUCACAAAAACUGCCGCAGCAAUCGCCCUUCUUGAUACCCUUGUUGACAGUUUCUCUAGGCAAGGGAAGGAGUGAAUGGGCACAGAAUCUAUGCUACCUACUCACCUCACUCUAUGCCAGAUUGGAAGUAUAGUGUCUAGGCAUGCACAGAAGUUUCACUACUGUUUGAUCCAUAGAGGAUUUCAAUCUCUGAGGCUGUCAAUUUGAUACUUCUCAAAAGUAUUCAAUUCCCUUACAAUUGAAGGAGGAUACGUAGUGCGAGGGUGAAGGCAGGGGAUGCCAGGAAGUAAUAUUCAAUGUUUACUUGCCAGUUCUCCAUUAGAUCACUGAUUCCCAGGGCUUGGAAUUGCCUAAUGUGACAUAAUACCCUACCCCCUGACACACCUGCCAUUACCCUCUACAGUACCUGCAAUAUGACUGGAGGUGUGGUUACUCUUUUGCAUAAUAAAACCCAGUUGGCAGAUCUGGUAACUGUUAAAAACUUCAGUUUGAGCCAAGCCUUUUCCCUUUGUUUGAAUGGAAAGACUACCUUCUCAGCUCAGUUUCCAUGACACUUAGUGUAUGUCUACACUGCAAUUAAAAGCCCAUGGCUGGCCUGUACCAGCUGACUUGGAUUAAUGGGGCCUGGGCUUUGGGGCUGUUUAAUUACAGUGUAGACUUCUGGGGUUGGGCUGGAGCCUUCGAGUGAACCAAAAGAGCCUUCAGACUCAUACCUAUAAAUCUUGUAGUAAGAUACUAGCUGUGUCCACGGUACCAUUUUGCACCUUUGCUAUUACCGAUGCAACUUCUUUGGUGGUAGCACCAGUGGAUGCUGUUAUGUAGACAGGGCACUCAAGCUUCCAGUAUUUUAACCACCUUGGGCAUGUCUUCACUGCAGAAUUAACUUGGGUGAUUGAUGCCUGGCUUAGCCUAGCUCAGGUGUAAGAGGCCACACUGCAGAGCCCUACCCAAGUUACUAUAUACUCAGUGGUGCUGCAGUCACCUGUCUGAGGAGUUAGGAUUUCUGGAAGCACAUGAUACCCCAUGGUUCUUAGCACUGCAGUAAGCUGAACCACUCUCUGAUUCUUUCCCAGUGUAUAAUGGGAGAACUUGUCUGUCCUGGGUGCAGGAGGGGAAUUGUGGGAAAGCAUUGGAGGACUAUCAACACUUGAGUGAUUUAGCCUGUCCCUUGCUGCAGAGUGGGUAGGUUACCAGCUCAAUAAGCUUUAGCCUAUACCCACAGCUGAGCCAAUGAGCCCGGGUGUAAAGCAACACCACACUUGGGUGAGAGGUUUUUGUUUGUAGAUGGGAGCUGGGUUAAUGCUGCAGGGAAGACAUCUCCCGUUGUCUAACCCUGCUUAGAGCAAACUCACACAACCCAAUGGCUAAAAUGCUCUACACUAGAGCACUUGCUGUUGCUACCACUGGUGAAGCUGUACCAGAGAUAGUAAUGGUGAGAAAUGUUAGGGGAAAAGACUAGUGCAGAAAGGACUCCCUGCGCAAGACUCCUGGUUAGUUAGCUGCUUUCCUAAUACCAACUGCCUUUGGCUGCUUUACUUUCUGCUGUAGUAAGCUAUCGUAACUGUGCACCGCUUCCACUAUAGCACUUGCGAAGGGAUGGACUCUCUGAUUUAAUUAGAGAGCUUGUCUGUCUUCCACCGUGACUGUCAAUCUGCACAAUAACCUAGACAGUAUUACUUUUGUCACAGUUUAAUAGCACUUGAGGACAGCUCUUGUUCUUCUGUAGCCCUUGGCCUAUCCUUCAGGGAUGGGCACAAGGAACUGCACAACUGAAGGCAAUCUUAAGUGGCCACUGCUGGGACCAGCCCACUAUGUCGCUUAUUCUCUUUAGAGUUUGGUUGAAGGACUAACGCACCGGCCCCUCAGGCCUAUGAGCAGUCACAAUUCAUUAUGUUGAUUCUUCGUCGCCUGGAGCAUGCAGCUCCUUUCCCCAUGCCCUUGGACACAGGAAGGAGCCCAGUGCUGAAUCUGGGCAGCAGGUUAUUUUCAGCUGAUUCACCAGUCCUAGUUCAAAAGAAUUUCCUGGGAAGAUGGCAUUAUAUGUUCUUGUGAAUAUGCAAAAAUUGAGUACUUCAUGGACGGUAGUUGUCUUCCAGACCAGCUCAAAUCUUGUCAGCUGUGUUUCCUGCAGAGGCCACUCUUGAGUUGAGCAAUGGAAAAUGCAAAUACAUGGUUAAACAUGUGCAUGUGAAUAUCUUUGUACUAUGAGAAGAGAUACAGUGAGGACUGUUAUUUCCUUUCUAAUAUUUGAAAUUCAGUAGAUUAGGUCAGGGCUUGCUAGUACUUUUACUUAAAGGAAAAGACACCCAUAGACCUGAGCUUUAUAAUAUAUGGAUAAUUAAAUGUCUUAAAGUGUCUCUUUUUAACUGUUAAUCUGACAAAUAUUUCACUAGAGUUCUGCUUUGUAGAGCACAUGGUUGUCUACAGAGUUAGGAUAUCAGAUUUGAGAGACUGAGCAAUCAAGAGAGUUAUGGGAAAUAACUACAGAACAGCUUGGAAACAUUCAUCUUCCCCCAGAUUCCACCUUUGGAAAAGUAAAUGGCAUAGGAUAUAAAGUAGAUGUAAUAGGAUCUGUGAACUUCUUUAGGGUAGAGUCUUUUGGUAUGAUGGAUUUGCUAAUACCUGUGUGUUUUUCAAAAUGCUGGAAUCAGGAGAGACUUUCUUUCAUAGAAAGAAAUUUUAAGACUAAGAUGUGUGCGUUUUUCUUUGCUCUAAAUUCAGAAAGUCAAAUUCAUUCUUGCUGUCACUCCAUUACCUCGGUGGUGUUAUAUCAAUGAUGAAUUUGGUCAAAAGACUAACCUUGUAUUUCUUACCGAAAGCUGCUGUCCAUUGUAUACUUUCACAGUUUUAAAUCUAUAUUUAUAUACAUAUUUAAAAUAAAUCACUAAUGCUCACUGACUAUACUUGAAGAUGGAAAUGCUUUCAGCAACUGCGAUAUGUGCAGCUUACUCGUAUUCAAGGGGAAUAUUAAUCAUUUCCUUAAUAUCCUUCCUUAUUACAAAACAAACUGCUAUAUAUUUUCUCUAGGGUUUGGUCCUGGUGCUUACCCUCUCAGUGAUCCACACAGCAUUAGCAAAAAUUGUUUAACCUUCCAUGCUCGGAGUUUCCAAUGCCAAAUGUUUAGUAUUGGAUGAUGCAGACUUCUGGGACUGAAGAGGUUAAGUGUUAAUUUGAAACGUGUAUCAGAGGAGGCAUUGGUUCGCAGAUAAAUCUGUGACUAAAGCAGUUGUUUUAAGAGGUGUUUAGUUCUUAGUUUGUAAAGCACUCUUAGUGCUAAGGAUUAUAUAGAAUGAAUGAAGAAAUGUAUUAAUACUAAAGGGACAAGCCCACUCCCUAUUACAUGGCAUGUAUUCUGCAGACUGCGGAUUUCUUGUUUUGUACUUCUGUACUUUUGUACUUCUGAGUUUGUGAUAUCUAACCAAAAUCUGUGACUGCUGGACUAAAAUAUUAUAAUCUGCACCUGUUAUGUAUGUUCUUGUAAUAAAGUUAACUGCAAUACGUUUUAAA